UCGCAAUCCUCGUUUAGUCGUGUUGCUUCGGUGUGUUACUGCCUUGUCGCGUCCUGGCUAUACGAUGGACAUAUCACGUCUGGUGGAGCUGCAGCAGCGGCUUAAUGCCGCUCUGAUGUUGUGGUCAGGUGCUGGCAGUCAUCUUGAGAAGACUCAACGGAUGCAGGAUCUUCUAGACCAGUCAUUGGCCCUUAUAUCUGGGCUCCAUGGCUCCAGCCAUAUAAACCGCGACAUUCUCAACUGGAUCUCCCGCAACGUCCUGAGCGUUGUGAAUGUUGUUUUGAACCACAUGUGCUCGCUGUCACGUGCUGAUAUAGAUGGCCAGCUGUAUGUCCAGAAGGGCCACAUCCUGGUGAAGAUGCUGUUAAUUGUGCUACAACAUCCCUCCGAGGACCAGUGUCUGCGUACAAAGGUGCUUCUAUGCGGUGUAUUAACAUCCUGGCGCAUUCUAUUUUCAAAUAGCGAUACUAACAUGUGUUCUUCACUUGCUUCAUUCAGGCGUUCCUCGCUUGUUGUUGGCGACAUCCUGGAGCUGUGCACAGGUAUAUUUUCCAGCCUUGAGCGUGAUGAGCACUCUAUAACAAUGUGCAUGAUACUGCUGGAGAUACUGUCCUUCUCCGAUACUCCUAGGCACAGGUCUGCUGUUUUGGACUGCUUGGCCCAUGUGCCACCUGAUCCCGUUGUAGCUCGUAUAUAUCCCGGGUUGGUAUCCCGGGUUGUAUCCAUACUCUCGGAGCUACGUGAAUCUGAUUUUGGCAGGGCCAUGAAUGUACUAAAAUCAUGGAUUCCAAAGGCACUCGCUUGUGAUUGCAGCGGCGAGGCAUGUUGGCGUCGUUCCGACGCCAACAUGGCAAAGAACGCACAUAAAACCUCGGAAGCUAUUGUAAUGGUAUUUAAGAAGUAUGCCAGGGUAUUUCCAAGCCAUAUGACGGAUCUGUCCAUAGCGUGUUUGCGCUGUGCCUGUCUAUCACAGGAGGUUAUCCAUUGUAUCCAGAACCAUGUGAUAUUUAUCUUGGAUACCGACAAGCUACUGGGAGAGGCACGUUGCAUAGCUGCUGCAUCUUCGAUUGCAUUCAAGCUGUCGUUGCGCAGCGAGGUGACAUCCCAGCUUAGCUCAUGCCAGGACCCGCAAAGGACGCUAGCUAUAUACCUAGGCUACGCGGAUCUAGAGAAGCACGUAAGCGGAUUGUCGCAAAUCGACCCUUACGUGGUAAUGGAGAUGCUCUACCGCUGUGCUGAGGUGCCUCCUGCGGCAGAUGGCACCGCUUUCGUUGCGCUGCCGCGUCUAUCCCGUUGCGAGACAUCAGUGGACCUCGCUGAUUUCUGUGAGCCGCAUGAACAGGUGUUUUUAAAGGCUGCUGGCGACCACAUAGGCCGUAUGCCACCUGCACAGCAAAAGCAAGUUAUAUCGGAUUUGUUGGACCACUUCAUCGUUGGGGUCGGGGAUAGAUCUAGAGUAUUGAGGCUGCUUGCAGUUUUGCGAGGGCUCCUGAAUUGCGGAUCAACAUGCAUUUCAGCAGUUAUCCCCGAGAUCGUGGAGGUCAUUAUGCUCAAGGUGGUGCAUAGUGACCUCCACAAGGAGUCCCACGUCGCCGCUUUAGCGCUGUUUGCCACUGUCUUCAGGAGAUAUCAGGUUACUUUACCUGCUCAACAGAUGUGCGAUAUACUAUUUUGGUCCUUGCCGUGGUGUAUGUCAGAUUGCGAGCGUGACACUGGUGGUGAUGACGGCAAUAUCGCCGUCAUCACCCACGCCAUGCUGCAAUUCUACAAGAAUCUACUGCUCCAUCGUUCUAUACGGGAGCUUAAAAUGGUUCCCAGGGAUUGCAAUACGUGCUACAACGUAGCGGAUGUUGUUUUCGUACUGUUGCAGUACGGUACGUGCUCCCUGAAGGACCUGUUUGAUAUUAUCGUCACGCUAGAGCGCUGCUUGCCAGCAGAGGCAGAUGCAAGUGUAGCGCCCAUGCUAUAUAUCUAUGCGUUCAUCGCUGACUACAUUGAGAAACGAUUCGACUCCCUCGGCACCGGGGUAACGAACAGGGCCAUUGGGUCAAGUUUGGAUUUGACCCCGGGUAUCGCUGAGGACAGGCCGGCAGGACCUAGGCCCAACGGUGAUGACACUAGUGACGUGUCGGAUAAACACUACAUGCAACAAAUCGCAGAUCAAACUUGCAUCAGCCAGUAUACAACUGGUAAUCAGCAAUAUGACAUGGAAUUCAAGGAUCGCCGGCUAGCAGUGGCCACUGUCAUUGCAACGCGCUGUCGCUACUACCUGAGCCAUCCGGACAUAGAAUUGCGCAACAUCUGCCUAUUCACGCUCAGCAGGUGCUUCUCAUCAUUUGCGCACAACGUGCCGAUUAUGCGCAUCAGGUUAUAUGAAUGCUGGGAUCCGCUUAUCCACUGCAUGGAGCUGAACAUACGGAGUCUACAGGUGAUGACCUACAUAGUAGGCAUCAUGACCAUCGGUACGAGGAAUGCCUAUGAAUUCGUUGAAAGGUGGUUAGUGGAUGUAUUCAACAAACUGUGCGACCUCGUGGUCGCAGAAGGAACAGGAGGCUACGUCACCAAGGCUGACGAGGUACACCGGACCAUACGCUACAAGUUUGUCGUCACGCUGCUGGAAUUCACACAUGAAGUCUCCAGCCGUGCGUGUAACCGUGAGUUGAUAUCAAGGGUAAUGGUAAUGGCACUGCUAAUGUGCAAAUCCACUGCACCCUCAGUGGAGCGGUUGACCUCAACCGUCCUGCGAGAGUUAUACUCCCAGGAUAGUGCUACAUUCCUAAGCGUAAUUGCCCAUACCAAUGUUGACUACAGCAAUGGAAUCACAGUUGAACCAUGUGAGUUAAAGCGUGAUGUGCGUAGGCUCCUGCCCCAAAGCGCGCGUAUCCAGGCUUUGCUGCCACCGGAGUCAUUGUCUAACGCAGUUAUUCAUUAAUUAUGGUCGGGUGUGUACACUUUUUAG